CCACUAGACUUCGGCCGCAACAACAACAAAAAAUAGGGAGCCCUUAUAAAAGCAAGCCGGUUCGGCGUCACUCCAUCCAAUAGAACCUCAACCGUUUGCCACAUCAGAUCUCGCCCGAGACCUGUUCUCUUGAAGCGCGUAGACUCGUAUUUAAGAACGUACAAAAAGUAGCAACUUGUUACCGCCGCGCGCGUGCCAAGUGAUCAUUCCAAAUACUCCACAUCUAAGGAUCGCCCUGAACUCGGUGGUGUGAAAAUAAUCGCGUCGAGAUAAUUGAUUUGAUUAAACCUCGCGAGCCACAGCGUAGUUGCUAAUUGAUAGCUGUCGUUGAAGAUCGCGUUGCAGCAGCCCGAAGUGAUCUUGGCCAGACCUUUUAAAGGCAACCAACAAACCGUCUAAGACCCCGCAUAAACAAGUGAGACCUUCUUAAGACAUGAGGUCGCUCCACUCGUUGCUGGCAGCCCUGGCCGCCGUGCUGCUGCUGGUGACCGCGAUGGUCCACGCGACGCCGGUUCUGCUGGACAAGCUGUUUGGCUUUGCGGCGUAUCAACCGUCGUAUUCCGGUGGAGGUGGUGGUGGCGGUUACGGUGGAAACCAGUACGGAUACUACGGCGGUGGGGGUGGAGCGGUCAGUAGGACGGCGAAACCCCGACCCAAGGGACGCUCGUACAAGGAGAUCUGCCGCGUGCUGAAUCCGACGCCGUACGCGCUGCCCGGAAGUAUACCCGCGGCCGGGGCGCCCUUUUGUCCGUACUAAAGUGUAGAUUAAGGGGUAGCAAUGAGCGAUUCUCUCUUCAUCAGUUGUGUAUGUUCCUUUGUGCGAGUGGCAGUGUCUAGUGAGUACGAUUAUGUGUAAUGUUAAGGUGCAUUUUAGUGAUAAGGAAAAAGUGCAAAUAAACUAGAGCUUAACUUAAAUUUAG